GUGGGCGGAGACCCAGGAAGUGACGGCCGUGCUGGUGGUCCUGGUGUCGGUCAAGUCCGCGGCGCCACCUCUGCGGCCACCGCGUUCCUGGGCCAUGGAGAAUGGAGUGGUAUACGGCCCCACCACGGAGGAGGACCCGGGCCCAGGCAGGGGCGCCCGGAGAGGCCUCGCCUCCUGCUUCUCCCUGGGCCGGCUUCCGUUGCGUCGGCUCGCGCUCAAAGGCUUGCAGCUCUUGCUGUCCCUGCUGGCCUUUGUCUGUGAGGAGGUCGUGUCACAAUGUACACUGUGUGGAGGACUUUACUUUUUCGAAUUCGUAAGCUGCAGUGCCUUUCUUCUGAGUCUCCUCAUCCUGAUUGUGUACUGCACUCCCGUUUAUGACCAAGUCGAUUCUACCAAAGUCAAGCAGUCGGAUUUUUAUAUUACUAUGGGAACAGGAUGCGUGUUUUUGUUGGCAUCCAUCAUUUUCGUUUCCACACAUGACAGGACCAAAGCUGAGAUUGCUGCAACUGUGUUUGGAUUUCUAGCAAGUAUUAUGUUCCUGUCUGACGUUGUCAUUAUGUUCUGUGAGAGACGACAGGAGUCCCAGAUGAGGAAACCAGAGGCUACCAGGAGGUCAGGGCCCCUCACAGAACCCCUUAAUGCUUAAGGACUUUGGGGACUACAUGUUACAUAAGGUAUUGACUGUGCCUGAGCCCUGGCCGCUUGUGUAGAAUUUGUGUAAUUGUUAAGCCACUUCUUUUGGAGAGCAAGGGGAAGGGCAGGAAGGCAGUUUUAUUAACAUUGGCCUCUGUGUCAGUCACCACAAAUUAGGCCAGAGAGUUUUGGGGCUUAAAAAAAUUUUUUUUAAAUAACAGUUAAAACUUCUGUCACAUGAAAUGGUUCUGUUUUUGUUUUGGAGGCGAGGACAGUUGUUUCUUUAAAUCACAUAGCUCAACUGAUGAUAAUUUAUUCUGUUGUCGUUACUAGGCCUAGCUUUCAAAUUAAGGCUGCACAGCCAGCAUGAUUAAGUUCAUCCAUUUAGAAAUUGUUUCAUUUUUAAAUUAAUUUGCUUAGCCAGGAUUUUUUUUUUUUUUGAUGAUGAUCAGAUAAAAUUUAAUGUAUAUUUAAGAGAUCACUAUUUAAAAUAUUGGUCUAGAUUUUUUUCCCGUAAAAAUGUAAUACCCAGGCUUUACUGUAUCUCAGCCUUAAAAUUAUAUUGUUACAUUUUAGGAUAAUAACUCUUUCUGAGACCUUUUAUAGCCUGAUAGAAACUGUAUGGGAGGUGUUGGUAUUUUAUAUGUAUAAAAGCAACAACAUCAGAAACCACAUGUUUUUACUGCACUUUGGUGGUUGUUGAUAAGCAAAAAAAAAGUUUAUAUAACACACAGAAAAAUGGAAGAAACUCUCAUGGCUAAGGACCAAAGAUAAAGAAGAUACACUUUUUGCACAAUACAGUGAAAGUAAUUAUAAAAACAGGCUUCAACCACCUACCACUGUCUGAAGAGAUAAGUUCAUACUAUGAGUUAGAAAUUGGUCCAUUCCCUUACUGGCAUAUGGUUAUUUCUACUGAAGUUAAUACAGCUCUGCAGGUCCCAUUCAGAGUUUUCUUUUAAGCCUCCCCUCUUUUUAAAACCCCAGCCUUUGAUUUUUCAUCUAUUUGAGAUUCUCCCUUUUCUGUCUCUUUAUCCACAUGGUCCAUACACUGCUUCAUCACCCGACAGAGGUGAGCCUCUAGCUGUGACUCUUGCUUGAUGGCAGUGGUCUUUAGGUGGUCCAAAAUUUGGGGCCCUUUUAAUUGCAUAGAAUAUGUAGCAGGAUCUUUAGGGUUCUUGUUCCCACAUUGUGCAUUACUCUAACUUCUCUUUGGGGGAGCCCUUCUUAAGAAAGUGAGCAUCUAGCAAAUCCUGCCCAGGUUAAUACUGAUGAUGGUGUAAGGGAGUAGUCUACCCACUCUCAAGAGACACUUCCUAACUAGUUCUGAUAAUUUGGGAGCAUUGUCUCUUGCUGGCAGGUUGUCUUAGACCCAGCCAGACAAGGCACUCAAGACAGGACCUUUCUGACCAAGUGGUUCACAGAGUAGACCUCUCUUGUCCUCCUCUUGGAUUUUUGACUCAGGACUCUAGAGUUAAGGCAAUGAGCCCAUGCGUCAGGUACUUCAGGACUUUGGUGGAGGUCUCCUGGGCUAGCUGGGCUGGGUUAUCUAUUGGAAGGAGUGGAAUUAUGUUUCCAGUGAGACAAUUUAGUGACCGUGUCCUUUUUAAAUUUCUCAUUUAUGUGUGGUCGAUGUGGCGAAUGUGGUGGUCAGAAUUCAUUAUGGCCAAACACAGCUUCUCCUGUCUUUGCUGACUCAGGACCUUAUCCCUUUGUACCAGAGCUCGGGUGCUAGCUAGUUCUGGUGGGUAGUCACCACUGCCUCCUCCCUGGGAGAUAAUGAAACCGAUUACUGAUGCUGUCGUUACUGGGCAUACCAUCCAAGAGAGGAGAAAUAGCCUGGGUCUGGGCUCCAAGAAUAGAGUGGUGCAAAAAUAACUCACUUCUGGUCGGCAGGUUCUGGAAUUUCCCAUCUAACUGUACCACUGUCAUUUGAAAUACCAUCGAGACCCAGCUGGGUUUCGCAGCAAAUGGUCUGGGCUACCUCAGGGGCCUCCCGCGCGCAUGGAUUUAGUUGAGGUUGAUGGACAUGUCCCCGCCGGCCUCACACAUGGAGCGCAUUGACAUUGAACUUCAGCUCUGCUUGUUCUGAGGCUUUGCUUCCAUUUGUUUGAUUGGAGCACAAGUGAGCCUCAUAGCUGCCACUUAAUCCUUCCCUUUUCGGGAAGAUCAUAUAUUCACUAGUACUUUUGGUCACUCCAGAACUUCUCUUCAUAUUGUUUGUUAUGGGACCCAUGACUGAUUAGCCUCCCUCUUCUGUUGUAGAAGGAAUGAGAGGGAAAAGACCAUGUGGAAAAUAAAAAGGGACCAAAACCCCUCCUAUGUCCAAAACAGGGCACACUCAAUAAACUGAAAGUUAUAAUUUUUUAUUAACAGCCAUGUUAGACUUAAUUUGUUAUAUUUUGUACAAAUAAACUGUUUAGAGUGGUUCUUAAAAAUUAUAAGGGAAAUGCACAUACAGUAUAAAAAUUUUCUAAUUGCUGUACUUAAAUUAUGUUCUGUUUGGGGACUGGGAAAUGUAUUUUUACAUUGUUUAUAGCCAAUCGCUUUUGUAUUUAUCAAUUUAAAUCCUGUGUGUCUUUUUUUUUUUUUUAUCUUGCUCAAUGUCAAAUUUUGUAGUCUUCUUUUUAAAUAAAUCCAUUUUAUUGUC